AGGAGGAGGAGGAGGGUGAGAAAGAAAGAGGGAGGGAGGGAGAAAGCGAGGCAGCGUUUGAGGCAAUGUAAUUGACAAGGCUCGCAGUGGUGAAAUAAACACGCUUCGGCGCAGGGGCUCGGCUUUUAUUGCACAAUCCCCGACUCCUUCUUUUGAGGCAUCGCCCGCAGCGCGCGACUACACCUGAUCCCAAUUACCUUCGCCCGAUCAAUUAAUCCGUGUGAAAUUAUGUCCCGAUCGGCGCUGAUCCAGCCGGCAAGAUGAUGAUUUUCCCAAGGAGAGGCUCGGAUCGGGUGCCCGACUCGGUGGUCCCGGUGAUCUGGCUGCUGGCCGCUUCUCUGGGCGCCGCUCUCGCCAAGGAUACAGCCUUUGUGGAAGUGGUGCUGUUCGAGUCCAGUCCCAAUGGGGAUUAUACUACCUACACGACUGGCUUGCAGGGACGGUUCUCCAAAGCUGGAGCCACUAUCAGCGCGGAGGGGGAGAUCGUCCAAAUGCACCCUUUGGGACUAUGCAAUAACAACGACGAAGAGGAUCUUUACGAGUACGGCUGGGUCGGAGUUGUGAAGCUGGAGCAACCAGAGCUGGACCCCAGCUGCCUCACGGUCCUGGGAAAGGCGAAGAGAGCGGUGCAGCGCGGAGCCACGGCCGUCAUCUUUGAUGUGUCGGAGAAUCCGGAUGCCAUCGAUCAGCUUAACCAGGUAGCCGAGGAUCCUCUGAAGCGGCCGGUGGUUUACGUGAAGGGCAACGAUGCCGUCAAGCUCAUGAACAUCGUCAACAAGCAGAAAGUGGCCCGAGCUCGGAUCCAGCACAGGCCACCGAGGCAGCCCACUGAAUAUUUCGACAUGGGCAUCUUCCUCGCCUUCUUCGUCGUGGUGUCGCUGGUCUGUCUCAUCCUGCUCAUCAAGAUCAAAUUAAAGCAAAGGAGAAGUCAGAGCUCCAUGAACAGAAUGGCCAUCCAGGCGCUGGAAAAGAUGGAGACGCGCAAGUUCAAGGCGAAAGGCAAGGGGCUGCGCGAGAGCAGCUGCGGAGCCUCCGAUUCGCUGAGCAGCAGCUCCACCUCCGACUGCGCCAUUUGUCUGGAGAAGUACAUCGAUGGGGAGGAGCUGCGGGUGAUCCCCUGCGCUCACAGAUUUCACAAGAAGUGUGUUGACCCCUGGCUGCUCCAGCAUCACACCUGUCCCCACUGUAGACACAACAUCAUCGAACAAAAGAAAGGAAAUCCUGGACCGGCGUGCAUGGACCCUGGCAACUCGAUCCACGGCAGGCAGCGAGUGGUGCUCCCAGUCCAUUACCCUGGAAGGGUCCACCGUGCCGGCCAGGUGACGGCAUACCCGACCAGAACCAGCAUGGACCCCCAUGGAAACCCUAUCACCGUUCUCACGGUGGACCAGCACCCGGAUCCCCAGGGUCUCUACCCACCGCAGUCGACGUCAGCUUUCCUCCGGAGUUAUCACCCCGCCCUCCAUCUGGAGCAUUCGCUCAACCCCCACCACUGCAGGCUGGAGCACCGCGGACCCCCCGCCUACCCGGCGCAGCAGCAUCACGCCGCUCUCAAGCGACCCAAGUUCCACGGCCGCAGCUUCUCCAGAGCAGCUUGCUUUUCGCAGUAUGAAACCAUGUACCAGCACUACUAUUUCCAGGGUUUAACUUUCCCUCAGCAGUCAGAAGGCGGGCAGGGGCCUCUGGCUGGGCAGCUCGGUGGAGGGGCCGGAGCCCACAAGGGCCACCACAGCAGAGCCUUUCAGCAAGGACUCCUGUACCCCACAGUGGUCCACAUGGCGCCUCCUUCCUCUUCGAGGGUAGGGGACAGCGGCAGCACCUCUGGCCUGAGCUGCUACCACGGCCACCGGUCUGUGUGCAGCGGAUACCUCGCCGACUGCCCGGGCAGCGACAGCAGCAGCAGCAGCUCGGGCCAGUGCCACUGCUCCUCCAGUGACUCCAUGUUGGACUGCACCGAGGUCAGCAACCAGGGCGUGUACGGGAGCUGCUCCACCUUCCGCAGCUCGCUGAGCAGCGACUACGACCCUUAUGUGUACAGGAGCAAGAGUCCCUGCAGGGGCUCUACCGGGGAACCGGGGGCUGCGGGUUGCACGGCAGCCCCCGCCGAGGACUCGCCGGCCCCCGCUCCGCUGGGACACGAUUGCCUCCAGCUUUCGGCCGGGGCGUCGGGAUACAACUCGGGGGACCAUCACUCCAACUGCAGCUUGGAGCCCAACUACAGCAGUCGUUCGUCACUGGAACCCAGGGAGAACAUCAACACGAGCACUACCUCAGCCGGGGCCCCAGAGGCCGCCGCAGCCGACAGGGGAACGGGGGCUCAGGAGGACUCGGGGGAGCUCGGGGCUGCGGCCUGUAGCUGCUGUUUUGACGUAAUUCCUCCCAAUGCGGACAGCAAAGGGCAGGAGUUGGACCAAGCGGGCCCCGCAGACUCAGGACGCUGUCAAAGGGGUGUAGACUUUCAGAGCUCCCCCCCUAAGAACUACUUCACACCCGAGCACCUGUACCCUCCGUCGGAGCAGGUGAGCUAUGAAGGGCUGCCCUGCUGCUUCUACAAAGAGAUGAAGGUGCACAGGGUGGGACACUACGCGGAGGACUACGCCGUCAACGUGCAGUACGCACACUCAGACUCAGACGCCUGCUCGGGACAGGGCUGCUGCGAACUCAACCACAGAAUACCCAUAAUUCCCGAGGACACGGACUGUGAAAUGGGCUUGGGGGCUGAGACCCAGAGCAGUUUUUUACCUCUGAGCGUAACAAUGGAGGCAGAGCUGCAGCCCGGGGAGCACCGGGAGCAUAAGGACUACUUUCCCUCGGGACACCUUCGAGGUCAGGCAGAGGAGACUAGGGCUCUAUUCCACCCUACGAUCUCUGCAGGCCCACCUGUAGAGGGAGCUAGUACUUCAACGAAUGAGGGAAGUCUGGGAAUAUGAGCACGAGACCAGGAGGUAGAGACAAAAAGUGGUACGCUGUCAGCAAGUCGUUAAAACCUUUAGUUGCCUUGCUCUAAACUUGCUCUCUGAGCACUGAAUGUUAUCAUCUAAGAUUGUGUGGAUUUCUACUGAAAUGGCGUUUUUUCUUUUUUUAUUUUUUUAUUCAAGCAACGCAUCGAGCAAUGUUCAUUCCUGUGGCCACAAAUGUCUCAAAACCAAUUAAGGCUAAUUUUGGCAUCAAUUAAAAGCCUGUAGGGAGCCAAGAACACUACAAAAAUAGAACUCAAAAUAAGAAAUUAUUUCUUGAAAUGAAAGUAUUUUUCCUUGAUUUGAGCAGGUAAAUAAGAU